CCUGGAAUGUUACCUCAUGGCCCAGGAACAGAUACAGCCUGUAAGGAUGGUUCAUGUGACAUGCAGUCUACACCUUGCAACCUGGAUCCAUCUGCUUCUUACCAAAAAAAUGUAGCUGCUGCAGCAUUAUCAGAUCUUGACCCAGUGUAGCCUCUGAACAACUGUAUUAAAAAAAGAAAAAGCUUUUGCCACAUCAUAGAUUUUUCAUUGCAUUUGUCCUGUACUGAGAUGACAGUCUUACAUCAUGACGUUUAGAAACCUUCCCACAUUUUUCAGUCUGCUUGAGUAAUAGCCAAAGACUUGAGAUUUCAAAGUUUCACAUUGCUUUGUUAUUAAAUAUAUCUUUUAAUGAAAACUUUCUACUGACCUGAUACACCACCAGUGUCCAGUGAAGGCUUAGUUUUAGGCUUAACUAAAAAAGACUUUUCCUAAACCAAACACAGGUAAAAUACAGAACUUUCUUGACAUAGUAUACAAAUUCUAGAUAAAAGCAGUAGCUCCUUGAUUUUAAGAAAACUCUGGCCAAAAAAAGAAGUUGACAUUGUUUUUAGAGGAGUUUCAUUAUUUCAGUGAGGUAUAUAAAAGUGUGAUUCACUCCUUUAAAAAUGCAAGGCUCAAUUACUAAAACAAAUUUAGUGUGUAUGAAUAGAGAGGACCAAUAGGUGAGUGAAGGGUUAGGAAUGUAGGUAGGUAGGUAGAUAAAGCCAACUGAACAUGCCAAAUGUGAUAAUGAAAGAGCUAGUUCUUGUAUGAUAAAAACCAUUAUCUAAGCUUUAUGGGCAAAGAAAUACAGCACAUCCGCUUUAAACAAGUUCACUCAUGUCACAAGCAGCCUAACUAUUGCCAUUGGUGCAAUACCUGCAGAGUCCAUUUAAUAGCUGGGUAAAUGUUUAAGCAGUUAACUUGUUUCAAGCUCCCUGCAACUGAGGCUACACUCCUACUUUUAAUAUGUCUAUAUUACCAUAAACCCAGCAUCUGCCCUUGAAUCAGCCUUGGAAGGAAUGACAGAUAGCAAGAAUAAUAUCAGUGACGUAAAAUAUCAGACUAGUAUUUAUGAGUAUAUUCAGGCAUUAAACAGAAUUACUGGCUAAAAAUUUGCAUGCAGUUCCAGAGAAGACAUCUUCUCUGGUGUCUCAGAGAAACAGAUGUUUAAAAGUUUGUUCUUACUGUUUCCAACAUUCUUGGGAUUCCAGCAGCAGCUAGAGCCAUGAGAAUAUUGAUGUAAAUGAGUGAAGGCAGAGAUCUGAAAGAUUAGGUCCACGUCAGACUUUCAUUUUAUUUGGAGGUUUGGCUUCCUGCCAUGUGUUCAGGCAAUAAAUUGGCUGAAAGAGAGGUGCUUCUAGCAUUCUCCUGAGUAGAAGUAUCCCAGCAAAGACAAUAGCAGGCAAAAUAAGGACUGGAAAAGAGAAGCACUCAGCUUGUCAGGAUUUCUCUAGUGUGUGUGCAAUGCUGCUCCGCUCAGGCCGCAAAAAGCCGUAUGAAGUGUCUCUCCAUGGAAGGCAGCCUGUUAAGAAGCAAUCUCUGCCAAGAACUGUAAAAACAGCUUCUGGAAAGUCAGUGUUUAGUCUGCGAGAAACACUGAAAUGCUAUAUACUGACUGAAGAUUCAAAAACAGUGCAUUUUGACAUAGAUGAAGAUGGUCAUCAUGAAAUUUCAACCAAGGAUUCACAGUCCCAUGAAGAUAUUGCAUGGUUAAGCGUGUUCACAAGGAAUGAUCCAGCAGUAACUGAUUCUAAAAAUUUCGUGAUCCUCACGCAGAGAUCAAAGUUUAAUGAAUUUGUCCUAUUGUGCAAGGGUAAGAAGCAGCUCUCUCUGAAGGUCUUAAAAGCAUCCUGUUCGGGGCCAGAUUAUCCUUCAGUGGAAAGAUGCAACAUGAAAACAUGCAACCAUGAAGAUCCUGACUUCAAACAGCUGAGUGAAGAUAAUCACUUUUUCAUCAUGCACUACCAAGGAGAUUCAGUGCAGUUCCAAUGCUAUGAAGACAAAAGUUACUACCUGUAUGUGAAUGACGACUCACUUGAUAUUCGCAAGCCGGAAAACAAAGAACCCAACGAGGACAAAAAUUUUUACUUCAGGGUGUCAUAUUUACAGGAAAAGUAACUUGUCUGCCUUUCAGUGGCCUAAGUGUCCAUACAACUUCUGUAAUAAGCUAACAGAAGAGAAGGAAGGUUCAGAUAAACUACUUUCCAUUUUGGCUUAAUUUUUACUUUUUUGUAAUUUCUUGAGUCACCAUUUUGCAUCAGUAACAUCCUUUAUUUCUGUACUUUCAAUAGGAAAAGAGAGAGGCUAAGUUUGAAAAGCAUACUAACUGAUCAGUCUCUGUGUCUUACCUGCACAAUUAUGAUUUUAAGGAGCUGAAUUCUUCUGGAAGGGGAAAAAUACACAGGGGAUAUUUUGAAGACAGGGGAAAAAGAAGGAAGCGUACAUGGAUAUGAAAUAGAAAGCACAGUUAGUUCUCCGCAUGGUAAACAUUUUACUUUUUAAAAAAUGUCUCUUAUGAGCUCACCUGAACUUGACAAGAAAAUACUUAGAAAUUAUUAAAUGCAUAUGUGCAUGUCCUGACUGACUGACUGACUUUGGGAAAGGAGUGGAAAAGGUGUCUCAGGUCUAACUGAGAACAAAUGAAGAGGCUGAAGGUUAGUCUCUGCUCCUGUAGCUCCAAGUCAGCGCAUAUACUCCAUUAUGCAAUUUCAACAUCUAUCCAGCAUGGCAGCUCUCUAAGAAAAUGUGCACAGAGUGUCAGACUCACAACAUGCAGGCAGAGGGAGGGAGGCACAUUGAACUGACGGGGCAUAACAGAUGCCUGUGAACACUGGCAGAAAAUUGCUAUGACAUAUUAGCUUCCAUCUCUGAAUCACAGAGGGAAAUGCCAUCAUGCAUUCAGCUGCAAAGUGGAGUGCAGAACAACACCUGAAAAAUAAAUGUUCAAAAUGACUAAAUAAAAUAAACACUAGAUGGUUAUGUGGGAUACACUGGAGGAGCAGUAAGAGUACCUGCCUUUUAGCAACAGGGUCUGUCAGUGUGAAAUGGAAGAUGCUGACACUUAAAUGUCCAUAGAUCAUACCCUGCAAGGCAGAAAACAUUUGAAAUACAAGAGGAGACAAAGUAAAAGUUUACACAGGAUCACUAGGCGUUAACGAUCUGGUUCUCCACUGCUGUGCAUGGAGUCCCACUGUGAUUUAGUGGCAAUUUUCCUUCAUGCAAGUCAUUUGGGAAUGUAUGUGUAUAAAUGAUAGACAUCAUGCACGUAUGCCAAGAGGUUGUCGCUCAGGUACAGUGGAAAAACCUACAGGCCACACAGCACUUGCACAAAUUUUUCUCUGUAAAUAUAAUAAACAAUGCGUACCAGAAAUAGGAAUCCUAACAUCAGUCACACCAAUGUACAUUACAAGAAGGCAAUUAUUUGUGGUAGACCAAACUCCAAAGGUCUGUGAGAUCUUAAAAGAUCCCCCCCCCACCACCCGCUUCCAGCACUGUGGAGUUUCACUGGUGGGCUUGUUGUAUUCUUCAAAUAGUGAAAAUCGUUCCGUUGCUUCCAAUGCUGACUGAACAGAAGACAGCUUUUGAGUAUUCCCUAAAUAAUACAACUUCUGGAUCUGUUAAGAGUUCAGUGAAGUCGGUGGGAAGAAAAAAACCCCAAACUCUAGAUAUUGACUUCAGCAUACAUUAUACUAGAUUGAAAUUAUUUUAGUACAAUCUAUUAUGUUGCACAAGAAAUAAAUUCAAUUAUAUAUCAGGUACAAUGAUUGCAUUAACUGAUACACUAACACUUCAUAAUCAUACAUUUAUUAGUGGUAAUGUGAUCACCUUACUAAAUUACAGAAGACGCUCUCUAGAUGGUAAGUUUAUGAAGUGAUGACAACUACAUCAUAAAGCUCUUACAAAGCAUACUAAUGAAAUCACCAUUGCAGAUGUCAGCAAAAAAAGUAAUGUUGACCUCAGUAAAUUUUUAAUUUAUUUUAUAGUUAAAACUUAAAUUUUGGUUACAUGCAGAAUGUUGUACUUUUACCAUCUACUGUAAAAAUAAGAUUUUUUUUACAAUUUAAGGGACAAAAGCCCUUAUGGAAAGCAGCAGUGGUAAUUUUGUAAAGUUUCAGAUUUGAGAUAUAAGUUAGUAAUGUCAUUUGACAAUUUUUUUCAGAAAACACAGUAAAUUCAGCCAGCUUUGUAACCAUAAAUGUACAUAGAAAAACAAGUUAACAAUUUCUAGAUCUUAAUCUUUCCUGGAUUCUUGUUUUGCUCAUACAAACUCUUCAAACUGACAUUUUCAAAUUCCCAUUAAUCUGAGUGUCUCAUAAUUGGCAGACAAGUUUUUAUUUUGUGAGAUGGAAGGCAUGUAGAAAUUUUAUUUUAAAACAGAAAAGGAAAGCCAGUGAGUCUUUUAGAAAAAUAUAGCCUCUAACCUUUACAAUACAAAAAACAUUUAUCUAAUGUAUCUAACAAUUGAAUAUGAAAUGUAAUUACUAUUUUGCAGUUUAUUUUCAAAACAGUACUGAUACUUUUUAACUUUUACUUAGCAGAUGCGAUAAUUAUUAAAAUACUAAUACAAACAUUUUGCUCUUGUUUUUAUCCUUCUCAAAAGCUGUGCCUUAAAGAAAAUACCACAUUCUGUUUGCUGCACAACAAUUUAAUGCAAGUGUUCUUCAUAUAUAACUUCUAGUACUUUGACCAUAUUUGUGACUUGUUAGAACAAAACUUGUGAGAAGAACAUCAGUAACUAUAAAUAAUGUGAUCCUUAUGCUAGUUAAUCUGACAAAAGCUAACCUAAGUAAUGUAUGUAAAAGAGGAGACCAUAUCUUCUUAGGAUCUAUGUUCUAUCUUUUCAGGAAACCAGAGUUCUGUCAAUUAUGGAGAAGGGAAUGGUCAUCUACAGUGGAAAAAAAAAUCAUUUACAGUAAAAAAACACUGAAGACUGGUAAAAGAAUGACUGCAUUAAAGUGUGAGUUUAGGAACAAUUGUCAUAUGUUAACGCAAGAGACUGGCAGCCAGCCUUGCUAGCCCCGAAAUAUGUGCCUGGUAUACACUGAGUUACAUACCACCUUCAUUAUGGGUAGCCAAAAGAACUAGAAGUUAGAAUUAGAAAUUGUUAGUCUAAUGAAUGCUUUUUACAGUCUAAAUAAAAUACAACAAUCUAGCAUUAGUGCAAUUGCAACAGUACUAAAACUUGUAAGUAAUCCAAAUCACGCAGUUUCUGUUAAGGAUCUUUAGUAACACAACACAUCAAUACACAAAUACUUGUUUAUGCCUCUUCCCUGGUGUGAAGUUCUCACUCUUCCAGUCACUCACAGUCUGAAGUCAACAGCCCUUUUUUCUUAGAUAGAAUGAUGUGAUGAUGUUGCCUUUACAAUACAUUUAAUAAUAUAGAUGUAUCUUGUAGUUCCCCACCGAUUUAGACAGAAGAGUAUUCUGUCUUGAGUGUUGCUGCUUUUAGAUAUACAUGGCAUGAACUUUGAAGUAGAAGGUGUGUAUAAACAGAGAUUUGUUUAAUGUCAUCUUGGUUUUGUUUCUAUUUGCCCAUAAUUUGUCUAACCAAAGAAAACAUAGGCAGGCUAAAUUCCUCUGAUGUUCAUGUAUUUUAAAUGCAACUCCUCAUAUUCCCUGUAUAUAUGAAUAGCUGCAGAUGAGCAGAUUCUCUACCAGCUUCCCUCUUCGUUGCUUCUGGCAAAUUGCAUGGGCUAACCAGUACCGAGGACGAAAGACAGCAGCUGUUAAUGUACAGCUCCUAUGUUAACAUACAGUUCACUGAAGCCGUCCUUCUCUAGCACUGCCUGGUGGACUUCAGGUGAACGGUAGUAACCUUGUAUUCAAAUUUUAUCACAUCAGCAAGCUACAAAAAAGUUCUCAGCAGCUGAAAACAAAAAAUUUCUUUCUUUCUCCAAACCCCGAUAUUUAUUUCCAACCUGUAUCACAGGGCCUAGAUCUCCUGUGUCUGGAAUGACUGAAGGGGGCAGCCAAGCAGGUCAAGGAAAGAAAGCUUUCCCCUCUCUUUGGCAUUUGCAAGGCUGUAUCUGCGGCACUGUGUUCAGUUUCAGGCUUUCCAGCACAUACUGGAGCAAGGCUGGACAGAGGCACGAGGAUGGUUAGGAGGAUGGAGCAUUUGAGGAGGAGAGGCUAGGGCAGCAGGGUUUGUUUGGCCAGCAGGUAAGAAGGGUGACUCUUCACCUAGCUGAAGGGGGAUUGUAGAGAAGAUGGAACCAAAAUUUCCGUAGAGGUGCACAGCAGAAGGACAAUAGGCAGUAGUCACAAGUUGUAGCAAGGGAAAUUUUGACUGCCUGUAAAGAAAAAAAAUAAAAAUGAUAAGGAUAUGUAGGAAUUGGAACAGGUUUUGUGAUUAUAAAGUGUCCACCUUUGGAGUUUUUCAAAAUUCAACUGGACAAGGCCCUGUGUAAGCCCAUUUAACGCUGAAGGUAAGCCUUUUGAGCAGGUAAUUUGACAAAAUGACUUCCAGGGGUUCCUUCCGAUGUAAAGUAUACUGUGAUUCUAUGAUUCAAAGGCAGCUUCAGUGUCUUAGAACUUACAGAAUAUUUAAUCCAAAGAGCGAAAGUAUUUAGUACAACCUACACAAAGAUACAGAAGACCACAUAAAAGCAAACAAAAUAAAUCCUAUUGAUUCCACCCCAAAGCAUAAUGUUUUCAUGACUACAUGCAGGCUUGAGGCCAGAGGAAAAGAUAUUCAGUGUCAGAAAAAAUGUCAUAACAAGUGAAAGAUUCCCUCCUGAUCUCCAGAAAACUCAAAGAGAAACACAUAGGCUAUUUCAAAGCAGAAAACUGUAUAAGGAGAACAAGGUUCAUUUGGAAAAUGAAAGGUAAUUGCAAUAUGAUUAUCAGGUGAAUUUAAAAGCUACUGUCAUUUUACCUGAUUGUUUCUGGUGUAGUUUUUCUUGCAAUAAUAGUCUUCUCAAUAUUUGAAUGACCUCAGGAAAUAACAGUAAGCAUAUUUCAUUGUAUUGAAGUCUGGUCAGUUCUGUAAGGAUUCUCUCCCCCCCCAGCUAUUAAAAGUAAUGAAUAAACCACAGUUUUAUUAAAGAAAUCAGAAUGUACAUUAGGUAUUCUAAUAAAGUUAAAAAUUAAAAGAUCUAAUACACCUAGCUACAAGUGUUACCUAAAUUUCACAAUUUUUGCAAAUUACUACCAGGAUAAUUAAUUCCUGUAAUAAAUAGAUUUUUCUCUCAUAGACAUUGAAGUUGUGGCUGACAGGCAUGAUAUUUUCUGUAACAUUAAGACUGUCCUGUUAGGCAUUACACCAGCAAAACUGACAUUUGCACUGCUUUCUCAUAAAAAUAUUUACAAAGAGAAAGCAACUAGAUUUCCAGUAUUCUAGUCAAGUUGUUGGUGUAGCAGGCUUCAAGCCUAACUGUUGUCAACGCAGGUAACUGAAGUGAUUAACAGACACUGAUAAGAAAAGGUAAAGUGUUGUUUAAUGUAUCUUUGCUGCCAGUUUGUUGGUAAAGGAUUCUAUGGUGUUUUACAGAGACUGAAUAUGAGAAAUACCUGAAAAAAGGGGUGACGAAAUCUAGAAAAGGUAUUGAAAUUGGAGAGAAAAAUGCAGAGAAAGAGAACAGAUGAGAACAGAAAGACACAGUAUGGAGAGCAGAAAGAUACACAAGAAAAAAAAUUAGCUAAAAGGUAUAAAACGGAGAGGGAUAAAGAAAAAGUUUGAAAAUGAAGCACAGAAAAAAUAGCAUGAUUCUAUGUGCAUUCCUUUUUCCUUCUAGAAAACUAACAAAUAGAAGAGUUAACUACACCAACCCCAGGUAAAAAUCUGUAGUUCUCACACGGCUGAGCAGAGGAUAAUGUCUUGAAAUCUCUGUAUCGGUCCCAAAGCCCUUUUAUCAUAGUACUGACCAUUUCCCAAAUGAGUGCAAAUCACAGUUCAAAGAAGUCAUAAAGGUAUGUUUAAACAAAUUCUUUUACCCCUAUGCUCACCUCUGCCCCCAGGUUAUUCUACAAUUGCACAGGGAGCUGCAAGAUAGACUAAUGGAAAUGGUGCCCUGGGUUGUGUUUGUGAGAUAACAGGUAUGUGCUCUUACACAAAAGAAAAUUAAAUCUUUUGCCUGUUGUUUGAAGCUUUAGCUCCUCACUAGACAUCAUGUUAACUAAGUGGCAUAUCAGAUUACUUUUUUUUCCCGUAUGAGAAGAAAUGCAGGAAAAAAAAAAAAAUUAAAUAUAGCUAUGCAUGCAUGUGGGGUACUUACAUUUUGGCUAAUUAGAAAUUCAUGUGUUCAUUAUUCGCUGCAGCUUUACUACAGAAUUUGCAGGAUCUCAAUCUGGUUUCAACUUCAUUUUUUUGAUAGCUUAGAAAGACAGAAAGUAGUUAAUUAGUAAUUAAUUAUGAGUUUCCUUUGUUUUUAGUCUGAGCUUCUCUAUAUAAAGUCUUAUUUAGAAAUAGAGGAUAUAUAAUUCAAAAUACAGUUUUAGAAGAUCCAUACAUUCUGACCUUUAGCUGCUUUCUUUACUGGCAGCUCCACAUUUUCUGUCUGAAAUUAACAUUUUCUUUGUAAUUACAUAACUCUCUUGAAUAAGGUCAUACUAAAUACUAGACUAUUAGUCAUGCUAAUACAUUAUAUUAAAACUAGUAUUAACCAUUACCAUAUGUUGACUGCUAACAUUAUGAACAAAUAUGUUCUGUAUUUACAAACUUAGGCAAUCUUUGCUGACAAUUAAGCUUCACUCUUAAGAUAAGCCUUAAAACUAUUUUAUGGGUUUGUCUCAAGAGUAUAGAAAUUGUUUACCAUGACACACUGACGUGCCUUUGCUAUAAGUCUUUUUUCCGAAACCAUGAUACUGAGAUGAUAACAACUAGCCAUGCUUUUAAAGACCAUCUGACAAAGUAUCUCAAGGCAUUUCAAUAUCUAGACAGUACUCAUUCUUUCCAAUUAUCUGUCAUUUAAAUGAGUCUAAUAAUUAACAGAGGUAAUUGCUCAAUGUUUUUGAAACUGGAGUUUACAAAGUGUAAUCUGGAUGCAGCACAAAACCCAGUUCUUGCAGUAGAUGAAAAUGAGAACUUCAAGAUUUGUUCCUGAUGAUCAGAUGGAUCUCAAGAUCAGCCAUGAAUUAGACAAAAAUUGAUGAUGUGCAUCACAAGUGACGAGUAACAUGUUUGAGUUCACUCUGCUUUGUGCAGCAGAGCUGACUACAUGAUUUCUGGAGGUAUCUUCCAACCUCAGUUACUCUACGAUAACUGCUGGUGAUUCUAUUCUGUAAAAGGAAUUUAUUGCGGGAAAAAAUUGCUCCUGGGAGGAACAUCAGUAACAUGGAAAUGGGAUAAAAAUACUUUGGGUGAAAAUAAAAUAUUUGUUUGUAUGAAAUUUUCUGUUUGGAAGGACACUGACCUAAAUCCUCAAAUAUGAACCCUAAGUAAUCUCUUUGUUGGUAGAUUAUAUUACUGUAAGAGUUCUACAAUGUCUUCUUAAUUCUGUGUCCAGUGUUUUCAGUAUUGCAUUAUCUACUUUUUUUAGAGGUAACUGAAAAAUUCCUUCUGACAACAGUAGCUGUACCAUCUGUACUAACACUACAAAUUUAUCUCCCUAACUCUCAUUGUAUUCGUAUACCUUCACAAGGUAUUACUGGAUGUGUAUCAUGCUCCAAAUGUACUGACUGGGUGGAAACUCACUGUGUUUUUUCCACUUAUUCCACGUCUUAGAACUGUAAAUAAGCAAAAUGGUUGAAGUUGUGGUACUGUAAACAGGGACACAGUCUGCAUUGGUAUAGCCUGCAAUAACACUUCACAAUCCCAUAGUGCUUUAUGAGUCAACAUUUUAUAAAAUAUUAACAUGCAAUAAAGGUGAAUACAAAUUUUAUUGUGUACAUUUUAAAUAGAGGAAACUAGAGAGAGAAAAAUGACCUAGCCAAGACAAGGCAACAGCAAAUGGCAAAGUGAGAAUGCUAACUCAUGAUUCCCAGUCCUACACACAUUCCUCUGGUAUUGUUCUAGUGCAGAAUUGCAGCUUUGUGGUAUGUCUGACCUCCACACACAUUCUCACAGCUAAAUAAUAAGAUUCUAAUAGACUUUCUGUAACUAUCAGAGUAUGAACAUUUUAGAAUAUGGAAUUCAAAGCAAAGCAAAGUGUCUUGCAAAUGUAUAAAUCAGGAUUGAUUUUGACCUUUAAGUAUUGAAUUGCCUUUUUCAAAACUGAAAUGAAAGUGAUUUCAUAUGGUUUUUAUUCUAAGGAAAUGUAACAGGUUACUGACAGGAAGCUAGAAAGCACUUCAACCUGAAUAUUUUUUGGAACUUAGUUUUAACAGAUGAGAUGAUCUACAAUGUUUAGGUAUACGUGUACUAUAUAAAUCUCAAUAAAUUUAACAAGUUUUAACUGUG